UUGCAAAGGCUUAGCUCUGUCAUUGUCCUCUUGCCAAUUUAACUUUGUGUGUGAAAAUUAUCUUCAGAAGGAUACUUUUGUCUUUUGAGAGUCUCAAAUAUGUCUUUUGUUUUUGAGUCUUUUGUUUCUGAGACUAACUCUAUGUUAAAAUUCUGUUGCAUUUUGAAGCAGGGGUGGACUGACAACUCAUGGGGCCCCCGGGCAAUAGGGGAUCAUGGGGCUCCUGUGUCCUUGCCCAAACUCAAAAAAGCCUAUGCAAAAGGUACCAGGGGCAUCUCAUGGGGCCCCCUACUGACCCUGGACCCUCGGGCAGUGCCCGAGUUUCCAAAUGGUCAGUCCGCCCCUGGUCCC